UCCACAACAACAGAAAUAUCCCCUAACACCUGAACACACCUAAAAUGGCCGCGCCAUAGAGACCAAAAAGACACACACAUAUAACUAUCCCACCCGCGACAAAACCACCACCAUACCACAUACCACCCAACCCGCAUCACCAAACUACUCUCUCUACCACGCGCCAUCCCCGCACCACAUCGUAGAAAUGGCCUCCCAACGCCCCCGCGGCCUACACCCCCACCCCUCCCACACCACCCCCCCCCCGCCUCCGCGGCAGCCGCCGACCCCCGCCCCAUCCGGCGCAACCUCUUCCAAGCACAACUCUCGCGCCGCCCCCCCACCACGCGCAGCGGAGACCCCCGCGUCUGUGACGAGCGGUUCGACGUUGGUAUUGGGGAGUGGAGGGGGGUUUGAUUUAUCAGGCGGAGGAGGCGGGGGGGGGGGGAUAGUGGUGAGGGACGCGAGUGGGGAGUUUGAGGUGGGGGAUCCGGUGGGGAUGUUGCUUGAGGGGCGGGGGGAGGAGGAGGGGGACGGAGGGGGGGGGAAAGAGAGACAGAGGGUCGCGGAUGCGGUGAAGCAUCAUCUGCGAGAUCGGAAUCGGGCGCCGAGCGAGCCGGCGGAACUACUGGAGGCUGUGAGGGGGGUGUUGAGGGGGAACGUAGCGCAGCUUGCGGAGGAUGAUUGGAUGUAUGAGGCUGAGAGCGAGGAGGUGGGAUUGCGGUGA